AGACCGGGCAGAGGCAGCAGGGGGCGCUGGCCGGGGGCUGGGUUGGCGUUGCGGCGAUGAGCAGGAAGCCGCAGCCCGGCCCUUAUCAGCGGGCGGCAGGCGGGGCCGGGCCCCAGGCCCUGCGCUCCGGCUCCACGGGCGGCGUGGGGCAGCGGCUGUAGGCGCCUCCUUCUCCUGCGCCGCGGCAGGGCCGGGAAACAGCAGCAGCAACAGCGCCAGCGCGGCCUCCCCUGCCCCAUGGCGGGCUACGCUCCCCGCCUGCCCCUGCUGCUGCGGAGGCUGCCGCCGCCCUGGACUCGGGCCGCCCGGCUCCCCCUGAGCGGCGCCCGGCUCCUGCUGCUCUCGGCCGGCAGGUGCGGGGCCCCAGCCGAGCCCGGCCCCUUGCGCCUCCUCCGCGGCGGCGCCCCCCGCUCUGCGUCCUCCCGGGCGGCUGGGGCGGCGGCCGGGGAGCCGGAGAGGAGGAGCAGCCCCCGGGGAAGUGGGGGAGACUCGGAGGUGAAGAGGCUGCUGGCCCUGGCACGGCCGGAGCGCUGGAGACUGACAGCUGCUGCUGGCUUUCUGACAGUUUCCAGUGUCAUCACCAUGUCAGCCCCUUUCUUCCUGGGGAAAGUCAUCGAUGUAAUUUAUACAAAUCCCACUGGAGAUGUCACCGACAGCCUGACCAGCCUCUGUGCCUUGCUAAGUGGAAUUUUUGUGUGUGGUGCUGCUGCUAAUGCUAUUCGUGUCUACCUCAUGCAGACUGCAGGACAAAGAAUUGUGAAACGACUGAGAGCAACUAUGUUCUCUUCUAUUCUGAAGCAAGAAGUUGGGUUUUUUGACAAAACCAGCACAGGAGAACUGAUUAAUCGCUUGUCUUCAGACACAGCACUGUUGGGCCGUUCCGUGACUGAAAACCUUUCUGAUGGACUAAGAGCAGGAGCUCAAGCAUCAGUUGGGGUUGGAAUGAUGUUUUUUGUUUCUCCAAAACUUGCUGCAUUUGUUCUGAGUGUUGUGCCCCCUCUGGCUAUCAUAGCUGUGAUUUAUGGAAGAUAUCUGCGAAAACUUACUAGAAUGACCCAGGAUUCCCUUGCAGAAGCAACACAGUUAGCCGAAGAACGUAUCGGAAACAUAAGAACUGUUCGAGCUUUUGGGCAGGAGAUGACCGAAAUGGAGAAGUAUACAAGCAAAGUUGAUUACGUGCUGCAAUUAGCUAAAAGAGAGGCAUUAGCUCGGGCAGGCUUCUUUGGUGCAACUGGGCUUUCUGGGAACAUGAUUGUCCUUUCUGUUCUGUACAAAGGAGGAUUACUGAUGAGUAGUGCCCACAUGACUGUUGGUGAACUCUCUUCCUUCUUGAUGUAUGCAUUCUGGGUUGGAGUUAGCAUUGGAGGUUUGAGCUCUUUCUAUUCUGAGCUUAUGAAAGGAUUAGGAGCUGGAGGACGUCUGUGGGAACUUAUCGAAAGAAAGCCAGAGCUUCCAUUUAAUGAUGGAAUUGUAUUAAACAAAGACAUGUUCAAAGGUGCUUUGGAAUUCAAAGAGAUCCACUUUGCAUAUCCAACACGUCCAGAAAUUUCACUUUUCCAAGACUUCAGCCUUUCCAUUCCAGCUGGCUCUGUUAUGGCACUGGUUGGCCCAAGUGGCUCAGGCAAAUCAACCAUUGUAUCUCUUCUGUUGAGGCUGUAUGAUCCCAUCUCAGGUACUAUCACUGUUGAUGGCGUUGAUAUCCGUCAAUUGAAUCCACUCUGGUUCAGGACUAAAAUUGGAACAGUGAGUCAGGAACCAAUUCUGUUCUCCUGUUCUAUUGCUGAAAAUAUUGCCUAUGGUGCCGAGGACCCUUCUAUGGUAACUGUUGAAGAAAUCCAGAAAGUUGCUGAAAUAGCUAAUGCUGCCAAUUUCAUCAGAGACUUUCCAGAAGGAUUCCACACUUUAGUUGGAGAAAAAGGCAUUCUCCUUUCAGGUGGGCAGAAACAACGAAUUGCAAUUGCUCGAGCGCUGCUCAAGAAUCCUAAAAUUCUUCUUCUAGAUGAAGCAACAAGUGCUUUGGAUGCUGAAAAUGAGUAUCUAGUGCAAGAAGCUCUAGAUCGGCUUAUGGAAGGGAGGACAGUCCUAAUUAUUGCUCAUCGUCUGUCUACCAUUCAGAAUGCUGAUUCUGUUGCAGUUCUUGACCAAGGCAGAAUUACUGAAUGUGGAAAACAUGAAGAACUUCUUGCAAAUCCAAAUGGACUUUUCAGGAAACUAAUGAAGAAACAAGCUUUUCUUCAGAAUAGUAAAACUUUUGCAUUAAAUGUGUAAAAUUCAGAGAGAGAGAAUUUUUAAAAGAAAAUGUAUGAAAGGAAGUAUAAGGAAUAGAAACUUACAAACUACAAAGAAUAUAACUUGUUUCUAGUUAUGUAAAGUAAAUGUUCUAUUUUUUCCAAAGUGUACAAAAUAUCAUUUUGAAACUUAGAUGUGUUAAACUUUUUAUUCAGAGAUUUUUAAUAAUUAUUGUAACUUUUUAAAUGUCCACAGCACUGAAAUUGUUUUCAAAGUGUAUAGAUUCUUCUGCUUUGUGGUAACUUAAUUGAUUCAGUAUGGCAUUUUCUCUAUUUUAAUGCAUUGUAUAGCAAUGAACUCUAUUCUCAAGCAAGUUCCUAAUUUUAGGGAAAUUAAAAUCCAGAACCUGGUAAUUUCACCACCAUCUCCUCUUGCGUACCAGGGACCUUUUGUUUUCUGGGCUUAUCACUGUACUUUGACUUUAAAAGACUGAAGUUCAGAAUUGUGUGACAGUAGUGGCAUGAGAGAAACUCUUCAGUCUCCUUUUUCACAUGCUGCUUUUUUCUCUUCCCUUUCAAAAUAAAACUGGAAGUUGAGGGGUGUAAUCACCAUCUGCAGUAACUGUAGAUAAUUAUUUAUAAACAGAAGUUAUUUUAAAUUAUUUGGAAGCUUGGAUGGGGAGUAGUACUCUUGAAAGCUUCAGGUUUUACAGCUAGGGCAAAGGGAGCAGAAUUGCUGCUUAAACAUUAGUUUGUAGUAGAAAAUUCUAAAGUUUGCAUGCAUCUUCUCAUUGCUGUAUUCUUCUGGUCUUUACUUUCAUUACACUCCUAAAGGUGACCUUUGAAGGAACAAACAGUGCGCUUGUGCACUUUUUUGCCUCCUUGUAAAGGGUAUAUAAAUCAUGCUCAAAGCUUUAUUUGCAACUUUUUUCUAUUCUCUGUUAGAAAUUCAAGUCUUGUUUGGCUAUGAAGACUCUGGGGCAACCAGAAAAUUAGUGAAAUUACAAUAUCACAAUAAAAGACUGAAAGUUGAGCAACUGAGAUGGGAGGGAAUAUUUAGUCAGUUGUUUAACACUUCCCUAACUCCCAUGACUACCUGAAUGCUUGGGUGAAAAGAUGCUUCAUUAAAUAUGCAAAACCCUUGUCCCUUCAACUAAGGAGAAGUACACAAAAGUGUGAGAGCACCAGCAAAUCCAAGCAGGACCAAAUUUGAUGUUCCUGAUACGCAAGUUAAAAAAACAAACAACCCCCUCCCCCACUUCUAAUACAGACCUUUUUUUAUUCAUUGUGGAGAAAUAAACAAAAAUCCAAAGCCAAUUUAAAAAAACAUUCUUUUGCAACUCACCUUAAGAGCAGUCUAUGCUGGCAUAAGCUUAUGCAUUGUUAAAACAAUUGUAAGCAGCAGGUGAAUUUCCUAGUACAGGGUAAGGCCUCAGUAAAAUGUAUGCUUGAGAAUGUUUUAGGAGGAAAACCUCUACCUUAGUUAUGCCAAUAAUUAGGGUUGCCAGGCAUCCAGUUUUUGACAGGAAUGCCCAGUCGAAAAGGGAUCCUGGUGGCU